CGGGACCACCUCCCCCAGCAAUCAGUGAAAUUUGCCGCUCUCGCGUAGAAUCGGCAUCAGACGAUUCCUCCAAAUUGUCGGCGCAGAAACGCCACGCGGUUCAGGCGCUUGUUUCGGUCUAGACAAAGUAGAGGCGAACCAGUGGAGGCACUCGGACCCCUCCUUUCACAAGCAACGCGAGCGAGGGAGACGAAACUCCAGAAAUAAACGCAUGCAACUUGCCUCAGCAUUCGCUCACCACAUCUCGCUCUUUCGUUCACGUCCAGACAGCUGUCUUUCUCACACUCGUUUCUGAAACUUGAGAAUUUUGUUCGUCUAAGCCCCAUUGGCCCAUCCUCGAACGUGCAGCAAAGCGUCGAGUGUCAGAGAGCUGACGUGGAUCCGAAACGGCGCUGUUCGUCACUGCUUGUUGCUCGUGCAUCCAGGAGAGAGCGGGCGAAACGAUAGAAAACGUCACACUCAUCACCCUCACCCGCCGACAGUUGGUCGUCUACUUUUCUCUCGAUCAUCACUGAUCUCUUGUUGCUGUGCGCCGACGAAACAACGACAGCAGGGGACAUUCUGGCAUAAUUCCUGGCUGGACUUCUUUGUUCUCACUGAACCUCUUUUCUAUCCCACUUCCUCUAACAACUGGAGGGGUAAAAUCUUGUGACACCAAACUGCAAUUGUUCGAGACAUCUCGCUAUUGUCCUAUUGUCGAGUGGUUAAGGCAGACUCUAAUCGGCGGAACGAGGCCUCUUCCGAAUCUGCCGUGCUCACAUUUCUCUGCUCGAUCCUGAGCAACCUGGUCGUCAACCACGUCGCGUGAGCAAGAAACAGGUUGUUGCCGACGCAUCCCGGCAGCUUUUGGGGCGUUCACGAUUACGUCCCACCACAACAUCAACAACAACAUCCACCUUGUCGAGUCCUGGUGAUCUCGAGGUCCUCAUCCCUUCCACUCGUAUCAGCAAGCCGACUGCCCCGGAGCAGCAGCCGACAAGAUGAAUAUCAAUAAGAAGUUCGAUCGCAUGAAGCAAUGGAGCAAGGAGCGCAUGGGCGGGGAGAAGCUGUCUGACACAAAUGAAGAGUUCAAGGCGCUUGAGCAGGAGAUGGUGCUGAGGCACACAGGUAUGGGCAAGAUGAAGAAGUCGGCCGAUGUCUACGUGCAGCACAUGGCGAAACGAGACCGAUACCAAGAGAAAGAUCAGCAACUACCCGUUGCCUAUUUCGGUAGCACAAUGGUCGCUCACGGCGAUGACUUCGAACCAGAUUCCGAAUUUGGUCAAUGCCUUUCCAUGCUUGGCCGAGCUAAUGAGCGGAUCGCCCGCAUGCAAGAGACGUACUGCGCCAAUGCCACUAGCAACUGGCUGGAGUCGCUGGAGAGGAGCUUGGUGCAGAUGAAGGAGUAUGAGAAGGCGAGGAAGCAGCUGGAGAACAGGAGAUUGGCAUACGAUACUGCGAGUCAGAAGAUGCAAAAGAGCAAGAAGGAGGACUUUCGAAUGGAAGAAGAGCUGCGGAACCAGAAGAUGAAGUACGAGGAGAGCAGCGAGGACGUCUACCGACGGAUGCUGGACAUUAAGGAGGCAGAGGUGGACUCCGUGCAAGAUUUGACCAGCUUCUUGGAGGCCGAGUUGACAUACUACGACCGCUGCAGGGAGGUUCUGUUGCAGCUGAAGCGCGACUGGCCAGCCUCCGGGAACUUCUCUCGCUCCAACACAGAAUCACCCGCCAACGGCCGCAGCACAAACCUCUCAGCAGGUCGCAGCAACCGCUCCCGUGCUAGUAGCAUUAACGACCGCUUCAACACCAUCGAUGAAGACGAGCCUCUGCCUCCUCCACGAAGGCCCACGAUCUCCUCCUCGCGCGUCCCCUCCGGCGCCAACUCUCCCAUGAAAGAACUCCCAGGCUUCGACAUCCCCGCCCGUCCCAUCGGUCGCAGCAACUCCGGCUUCGAAGGUCCAAUGUCCUCCUCCUACAAUGGCCGCUCGGAAAGUCCCUCAGCGAACACCAUGCCCCGCCUUGCUCGUGUCCCAACCGAACCCAGCACUCUCCUCGGCGCGCGCUCGAAUCUGCGUAUCACGAAGAGCCGAGAGAGCAGCCAGCCGCCUCCUUCACAUCACAAUGAAGGGGUUUUCGGAGAUGACGAGCAGUACAAUGGCUACGAUCGAUACAAUGAUUUGCAUAGGACAGCGAGCUACGGACAGGAUGCGGUGUCAUCAGCGAAGAAGGCCCCGCCGCCUCCUCCGCCGAGCAGAGCGAGCAAGCCGAAACCUCCGCCUCCACCGCCGAUGAAGAGAAGUGCGUUGAGUGCGAAUGACGCGAAUCAGUGGCAUUGAGGCGAUGAUCGAGAGCGAUUUUGAGGUGUGUGUGGUAGCUACGGACUCCGGGCCGUGAGCUAUAUGGACGGGAUUGAAGAGACUACGGAGCGAGCGCUGGUGUGCAGCACAUGCAGUCAGAGAACAGACUCGCUUUGCCUAAAGGCUGCGUCAGGUGGAAGGGGAACGGCGGCUCAAAUGCAAAGCUGUAGACUGUCCUCAAUACCUAUGAGCGUGGUUGCUAGUCUUUACUUGUGGUGAUGCAUUUUUGGAGCAACAAGGGAAGCAAGCAUAAGCGAUGGAGUUAUUGUCCUUUCUGGCCUUGGAAUGCCUGCCAGGUGCUCUCGAUUGAGGGGCCUGAAUCAGGCAGUCUGAGGUAGCAUCCGAUAGAGGAAUGAAAGCUUGAAGCCCUUGGUUUCUGCACAGCGAAUUUUGGUUCUGGG